AGGGCGCGGCCGCCGGGCCCGGGCCAAUCCGCGCUUGCGGGGCGUGGCUCGGGCGGAGGCUUUAUAAAGGGCGGCGCCCCGGCGCGCGUGGCGAGUGCGUGCGGGCCGCUCUCGGAGCCGGGUCGCUUGUGGUACUGACCGGCUUCCCUGCAGCAGGGCUGGGCUCGGCCAUGUUCAGCUGGGUGAGCCGCGAUGCGCGGCGGCGCAAGGAGCCCGAGCUGUUCCGCAACGUCUCGGAGGGGCUGAAGCAGCUCUACGCCGGCAAGCUGCUGCCGCUGGAGGAGCACUACCGCUUCCACGACUUCCACUCGCCGGCGCUGGAGCCGGCCGACUGGGAGAGCAAGCCCAUGGUGCUGCUGGUGGGCCAGUACAGCACGGGCAAGACCACCUUCAUCCGCCACCUGCUGGAGCAGGACUUCCCCGGCAUGCGCAUCGGGCCCGAGCCCACCACCGACUCCUUCAUCGCCGUCAUGGGCGGCGAGAGCGAGGGCGUCAUCCCGGGCAACGCGCUGGUGGUCGACCCCCGACGCCCCUUCCGCAAGCUCAACGCCUUCGGCAACGCCUUCCUCAACAGAUUUAUGUGUGCACAGCUGCCAAACCCCGUCCUGGACAGCAUCAGCAUCAUCGACACACCGGGCAUCCUGUCCGGGGAGAAACAGCGGAUAAGCAGAGGUUACGACUUUGCCGCCGUGCUGGAGUGGUUUGCCGAGCGGGUGGACCGCAUCAUCCUGCUCUUCGACGCCCACAAGCUGGACAUCUCGGACGAGUUUUCAGAGGUGAUCAAAGGUCUCAAGAACCACGAGGACAAGAUUCGGGUGGUGCUGAACAAGGCGGACCAGAUCGAGACGCAGCAGCUGAUGCGGGUCUAUGGGGCGCUGAUGUGGUCGCUAGGCAAGAUCAUCAAUACGCCGGAAGUGGUGCGCGUCUACAUCGGAUCCUUCUGGUCGCACCCGUUGCUCAUCCCGGACAACCGUAAACUCUUUGAGGCGGAGGAACAAGACCUCUUCAAGGACAUCCAGUCGCUGCCCCGCAACGCGGCUCUCCGGAAGUUGAACGACCUUAUCAAGAGGGCCCGGCUGGCCAAGGUCCAUGCCUAUGUUAUCAGCUCAUUGAAGAAGGAGAUGCCCAACGUCUUUGGCAAGGAGAGUAAGAAGAAGGAGCUCUUGAACAACCUGGGGGAGAUCUACCUCAAGAUCGAGCGAGAGCAUCAGAUCUCACCGGGUGAUUUUCCCAGCCUCCGAAAGAUGCAGGAACAGCUCCUGACCCAGGACUUCAACAAAUUCCAGCCCCUGAAGCAGAAGCUGUUGGAUGCGGUGGACGACAUGCUGGCCAACGACAUCGCCCGGCUGAUGGUGAUGGUGCGCCAGGAGGAGUCACAGAUGCCCUCCCAGGUGGUGAAGGGCGGGGCUUUUGAGGGCACCAUGAACGGGCCCUUCGGCCACGGCUACGGCGAGGGCGCCGGGGAGGGCAUUGAUGACGUGGAGUGGGUGGUCAGCAAGGACAAGCCCACUUACGACGAGAUCUUCUACACCCUCUCGCCCGUCAACGGCAAGAUCACGGGUGCCAGCGCCAAGAAGGAGAUGGUCAAGUCCAAGCUGCCCAACACCGUCCUGGGCAAGAUCUGGAAGCUGGCCGACGUGGACAAGGACGGCCUGCUGGACGACGAGGAGUUCGCCCUGGCCAACCAUCUCAUCAAAGUCAAGCUGGAAGGGCAUGAGCUGCCAGCCGAACUGCCCUCCCACCUGGUGCCACCUUCCAAGCGCAGGCAUGAAUGACACCCUCCGCCUCCCGACGGUCCUGCCGAAUGCAGCAACAUGCUCUGGGUGGAGGCACCCAAGCGCUGCCCGCGGGGGACUGAGUUCAAAUCUUCCCGCUCUGCGCAAAGCCGAGUCGCGUAUAUAUAUAUACAUAUAUAUAUAUAUAUACAUAUAUAUAUAUGCAUAUAUAUAUAUAUAUAUGUAUAUGCAUAUAUAUGUGUGUGAGAUUGUCCCCUGGAAGAAAGUGUAAUACAAUGUUUUAAGGCCCUUACUCUUCUGUGGUGCUGCGGGAAAAAAUUGCUCACUUUUUUUACUUUAGCCGGAAUAUAAUCCGGGAAGUGGGGAUAGCUGACCCCAGACUCUUGUCAUCCUUUAACAGGGCGUGUUUUUUUCACAAGCCGGAUGGUUAUCCCAGGACGAGACGCGCAGGGCCCUUUUUUUCCAGGGGGAAUUGGUGGCCUUUCUCCUCUUUUUAUGCCUAUCCUUAUUCCUGGAACCCAUUGCUGAAGAGGAACAUUAUCUCACUGCCCACAAAAGUCACCUUGCUGUGGCGCACACUCACUGCAUCUCUGCCAGACGUCCCUCUCCCCUCCCAGUAUUAUCGGCGGUUUUAGCCCUGUUCUGGAGGAAGGAUUCAUGUUCUUGUUGUCGUUGCACACUUUUUAGGACCCUAAAUGGCGUUGGGCAGCAAAGCAGUGUUCCUCCAGGUGUUCCGAGUGGCUAUAACAUCCUUGGAUAAAAACCAGCAUUGUUUGCUAGAAGUCAAAAAGGUUUAGCCACGAUUCUCAACCUUGAGCAGUGUUUCUCAAGUUGAAGUCCACAUGCCUUAAAAUGGUCAAGGUUGAGAAACACUGAGUCCUUGAGGAUAUGUGGACUUCAACUCUCAGAAUUCCCCAGCCAGCCAAGCUGAAUUCUCGGAGUGGGAGUCCACCCAACUUAAAAGUGGUUAAAAUUGAGAAACACUCCGGCAGAGCAUCGUCUGAAUCCCUGAGGCAGAAGAUGGGGAGGGGGAGAUUGGAAUGAACAUUGAGGCAAAGCUGGAUGGCCCCUCCCCACCUCCCAGUUCCUUGCUUGGGUGAUCCUGUUAUCUGUGCCCUCCCCACGGGAAUAACUAGCCCUGGGAUGAAUUUGCAGGAGAGCAUGGAGACAAUGCUAAAGCUUGAAAUUUUCUUUCGCAACCUCACUAGGAAAUUCUUAGGGAUGGGAUUGGGAAUCUUCCAAGUUGGCUGGAAGGAAAGAUCGGUGGGUUUAACUGCUUUCCUGGAGUCGGGGGGGGGGGUAGCAGGGAAGGCUGGCUUACAUUCCCAGAAUCACCCAGCGGGAUGUGGCCGUUGCUGAGAAUUGCAGAAGCCAAUCUGCUCAUCAGUUGGGGGUCUUGUGCAGCAUCAACGCUGGCCUAUGAGCAGCAUUGCAACCUGCAUUUUCAGUCCAGGGUGUACCCCAAGAUUAGGGGGGGGAAUUAGUUGCAUCUAUGCUGCCCCCUUUGCAAAAGGGGAUGGAGAGGAAGAUAGAUCAUCAAUUUACUUCUGACCACAAAUCCUAGUUAACGUCCAGUCUAGCGGAGGGAGACAGUUAAAACAUCCCACCCGUAUCCCCUGCAUUAAAAGCUGAAUUUGAA